AUGGAUUUUAUAUACAGUAAUGUUUAUGAUUUGACAUGUGAAGAAAUUAAAACAAAAUUUUUGAUGCGUCCAAUGGAUCAUCACGAUAAUUCACAAAAUAGUACUAAUAAUAUUAUAAAACGAGACAAUAGCAAUCAUUCAAGUCCAAUACCAUCAUCACCACCACCAAAUAAUAUACGUGUCAAUAGUAUUUUACGAGUGAUAACAAUAUUUGAUGAUAUUCGUACUGGUAAAGUCGUGGCAUAUGAUCCUCCAUCUAAUUUGGUUACAUUACAUAUAAAAGGUACAAAACCAGGUUCAACAUCUGUAGCUGUUAUUAAUCUCAACCAUUGUCGUGAAUAUAUUGUUGAACAAGAACCUAAAGAUGAUAUACUUGAACCACUUUAUCCUAUUGAUAUUAGUAAAUUAAAAAAACGUCAAAUGGAAAAUGAAGCUGAAAAGAAAAAAGAAGCAUCUUUUAUUAAUGUAAAAGCAAGUCGAAUUGGUCAAGCACUUUUUCGAGAUAUAAAAAAAACAAUGAAUCAAGUAAUUCGUUGGUCAAAUAAUGAUAUUCUUAUUAAUAAUGCAGUACGAAUUGUUGAACCAUAUCGUGUAGAAAAUGUUUCAAUUGAUUCUCAAAUACAAUCAAAUACUACAACUAGUAUUAAAGCAUCAGCAAAAGGUGAUAAUGAUACUAAAACACAUAUUAUUAAAUUGGUAGAAAAAUUUUGGUCUGAUCAAUCAAAAUUAACUUCCAAUAUUGAUUCAACACGAACAACUAAAUCUGACAGUUCAAGUAAAACAACAACAACAACUGAUUCAACAUCAACAGCGUCAUCAGUACCUUGA